UUCAAAUUUAACAAUAGACACAAAAAAUUAAUUUACCUUUAUACACUGGCUUGAAAAUUAUUUGUCACACUUCGUUGCAAUGGAGUUAAAUAUAUUUUUCUGACAUCUACAUUUAUUGUUAAAAAAUAAUAAAUAAGACUAUUUACAUAUUAUUAUUAUAUUUUUCAUUGGCUUCAGAAUUUUUAUUAUUUACAUCCAAUAUAGGUAAUCCGAAAUCUAAUUUAAAUAAAUAUCUAAAAAUAUUCGGUCUUAUAUAUAUUUUUAUCAAAAAAAUAGAAACAAAUAAUUAAGAUGGAAACCGUGAGUAUAAAUUAAUUUUAAAAAUAAAUAAGACAUACUUUCGAUGUUGCCUAUUUCUCAGGGAAAUAAAAUUGACGAUUGUCGAUGCUACGGCAAUCCAUCGAAACCGAUCGCUGAACCCUCCAAAGUCACGCGUCCCACACCGUGUUGUCCGUGUCCGUGCCCCGCUGAAAAAUGUAAAGUAACUUUACAAACCGUACAAAAGUUGGUCGAAGCAGAAAACAAAGAUAUUGAGCUGUCUGAACUUUUGGGUGGCAUUACGAUACUAGAUGAACGGAGACCAAAAAAGAAAAUAAUCGACAUGUACGAUGCCACGUCCAAAGAAAAUCGAGAGGACCCCGAAAACAACGUAGAUCCGCAAUAUUUAGCGUAUAUAAUGAAAUCAAUCGAGAACGGACUAAGCAUGAAGACUGAUCCGAUCAAAGUGUACGAACACCUUUUUUCUAGAGGCAAUCUCGAGGCUCCUCUCGUAGCACUCGGUCCUACAGCUGCAAUAUCGACCGAAGAUAUGGUCGUACCUUUGUCACCUCCAACCAUCGUCAACGUGAAGGAUCCGGAAAUGGAAACAGGCUCACGCCUAGACACUAUUAUUCCCAGACUGAAUGUGGCCGUGGCGGAAGCGGCGGCAAUAGAUAACGUUGACGAUUUGCAGGUAUUGCUUGGUGGGAGUUUUCCAGACAAACAAACGUCCACGGCUGACGACCAAGAGGCGCCUCGUGACAUGUUGUUAGAAACUCGAGAGCCCUAUCAAUCGGCGGCUGUGCUUAGGGGGUCUACGCCCCCCAAUUGGUUCCCAGGAUACAAUGUGGCUCUUCCAAAUACCGCGCACCCGGCUUUGGAAAACGAUCCAGAGGCCAUUUUGGACGAAGCUUGGUUUCACAGUCAGCCUCUGUCAUUAAAAUUAGAAGAAAAAGGCGCCAAGCUCAUUGGGUCAUAGACAAAAAUCAUUUCUUUACAAUGUUUUUAAUGAUUAAUCAACCAUGUUGUAAAUAAAAUAAGAAAUAUUAACUAAGCCUAUUAUUCAAUAAUAGCCAGAAAUCACUUGAUAUCUGACCAUAGGUACUCCUGUUAUUCAUCAUAUUAUAAUAUAAAUACGAUAUUCAAUAUCAGGAUCAAACGAAAGUAUAAUAUAAUUAUAGCUGAAACUUCAAUUGCAUUCAUUGCAAUAAGAAAUUAAAAAAAUAUCUACUUUGAUAUUUAUUA